UGUUUCGAACCCCCCCACCCACGGAAUAUGGUACGCGCCACUCCCUGCCGUUAGCCGUUGUUGUAUCCUACGCUGAACAUUUUUGUCGCGAUACAAACUAGCUACACACUGGCACUAAAGACGGAAAGAUGCUCCGUAACGGGAUUAAAUCAAUAAAACAAUCAGCAAGAAGUCUGCCAGAACUUUGCCCAACUAUGGCCAAACUUUAAUAAACUACAACACAAAUCACUUCCCUACAGUUUCGAGUGUGUUAGCAUUGUUUUUAUCUUACCACUGUUGCCAUUGGACGGGUUUUUUUUCUCUUCUGGAGCAGUCCAGUCUGAUGAAUUCGCCGAAAAAAGACGGGGAUGAUGAUGUUCCCGUUAAAGACCCGGUAAAAUACGGGGAACUUGUCGUUUUGGGGUACAAUGGCUCUCUUCCAAGUGGAGACCGUGGGCGCAGAAAGAGCCGCUUUGCUCUGUACCGAAGGGCCAAGGCCAACGGUGUCAAGCCCAGUGCUGUGCACAUCCUCAACACGCCACAGGACAGCAAGGCUGUGCACAGCAGGGGGCAGCACAGCAUCUCUUUCACUCUGUCCCGUAACCAGACAGUGGUGGUGGAGUACUGCCAUGACAACAACACAGACAUGUUCCAGAUCGGACGCUCCACGGAAAGUCCCAUUGACUUUGUGGUGACAGACACCUCCGGAAGUGGAAAGGAGGGGGAGGACCCCUCCAUUGCUCCUAGCACCAUCUCACGGUUUGCCUGCAGAGUGGUCUGUGAACGCAACCCGCCGUACACUGCACGCAUUUACGCUGCAGGCUUUGACUCUUCCAAAAAUAUCUUCCUAGGGGAGAAAGCAACCAAAUGGAAAAACCCUGAUGGUCAUAUGGAUGGCCUGACCACCAAUGGCGUGCUAGUGAUGCACCCUGUGGGUUUCCCAGAGGACCCCAGGCAGGGACUGUGGAGGGAAAUCUCAGUCUGCGGUGAUGUCUACGCCCUGCGAGAGACACGUUCUGGACCAAGCCGAGGCAAACUGGUGCAUGCUGAGGGUGAGAGCAGUGCACUGCGUGACGGCUCCCUGGUUGACCUGUGUGGUGCCACCCUGCUGUGGCGUACUGGUGAAGGGCUCAUGCGUGCCCCCACCCUGCGUCACCUAGAGGCGCUUCGGCAAGAGCUUAAUGCAUCCCGGCCCCAGUGUCCUGUAGGCCUCAGCACACUGGCCUUCCCCAGCCUGCCACGCAGCCACAGCCUUGAAGAACGUCAGCCCUGGGUCUACCUCACCUGCGGCCAUGUCCAUGGACGCCACGACUGGGGCCAGAGGUCUGAGGGAGAGGAGGAGCCAGCAGAGGUCGAGGGCUCCAUGGCCCGCCGAGAAUGUCCAUUGUGCAGGAGCGUAGGUCCCUACGUGCCCCUGUGGCUGGGCUGUGAGCCUGCUGUGUACGUGGACGCUGGAGCUCCUACUCAUGCUUUUGUGCCAUGCGGCCACGUCUGCUCUGAGAAGACAGCAAAAUACUGGGCCGAGACCCCGCUGCCCCAUGGGACCCAUGACUUCAAACCUGUCUGCCCCUUCUGCUCCGCUGCCCUCAGCUCCCCUGGCUGGACGCGGCUCAUCUUCCAGGGCCCCAUCGACUAGACACUUCAACACAGCAAUCACUAGCACAAUAACAGAAAAAUGCCUGAGCUUCAUUCAUGUUGCAAACGUUGAUCGGUAUGGAAAGGUAAUCAAUUAGUGCUUAACAUAGUUUUUCCGUUAUUAAAGAGUGCGUAUUUUACUCUCACAUUUUGAGUGUACAACGAAGACUGUCCAACGCUGUUACUGAAUGCAGCUGGCUGCUGAUGAUUCCUUCCCCUUGUUUAUCCUUCAGUCCUUGUUAAUUGGUAACAAAAGGAUAGGUGAUUAAAAUAAGUAAUAAUCAAACAUCCUCAGAUGCAGCACCAGAGCUUAAAUGAUUCUCCUUGUCCUAUCUCAAACAGUCAUUUUGACUCGAUUCUCAAGCGACGCGGCCUUCUAAUAAUUAGACUGUCAUGAGAAACAUCCACACCCAAGUACUUAAUUGCCUUUUUCAGAAACUGUAAGAAAUGACAAGUAGCUUUUGCACAUAUGAAAGAAAUGCCCUUUUCU